AUGGUGGAAACAACAUCUCUGCCCCUGGCGCCUGUACCACCACGGUCAGUGCUGAAACUUAUACCAGAUGACGAAUGGAGAGCAUGUUUGAACGCCUGGAUUAGAUCUGUCGAGGACCGUUUAAGGUUGAAAGAUGAAGACUUCGAACUGUCUAUCUCAAACGAUGAAGCUGCAUAUCUCUUUCUUACUUCAUAUUUUUCAGGGGGUUUGCCUCGUACCCAUGGGCCGACAUUAAAGGCCGCUAGUUUAUUACAACGCCUCUGUUUUCUAUUAAGCCGGAGAAUACUAUUAGCUGGGCUCCAUGGCCCACCACAGCUUGUGAAUGUUGAAUUCCUGGGAAAUUUUUGCUAUUCUUAUACUUCUACACCACCCCUUCGGAGUUUGAUGUUGGAGGUGUGGAAUAGAGAUACAGAAGCCUUGGUCUCCAGCACCCAUAAAGUGAAGGUGGACACUUUAAAUCAGUUAUCCUCCAAUGAUGGGCCGUACGCGGAAAUCGAGGGAAGAUUACGACCCUUGACACUUCUUUCAUCAAAUUUAUGUGAGGUUGGACGGGUGCUUAUGGCUGGGGAUGAUUACAUAGAUGCAAUCUUUGAGGGAUUCCACAAGUCAAAAGAUGAACAUCUACGAAAAACCCUCGUGGCACAUAUAUAUGUUGCACUUACAUCAUUGAUGAAGGUGAGGCCACCCGCGACGUCGGUACUCCUCGAUCAACUCUAUGGGCUAAAGAGCUCCGCAAAAGUAGACUCCAAUGGCCCCAGGACUCAGCCAACGCUACUUUCAGCCCUUCUUUGCAGUACCAACUUCAUCAAACGCCUAGAGAAUGUACUAGCCGGAGACCAACAACAGAAGCGAGGUGAUACCCUGGUUUCCUCGCUGAAAACAUACCGCUCUGAGUGCCAGGCAUUGCACAAGCCAUACCAACGCCCAAAAAGGGUGGAUAAGGGCAAAAGUCGGGAUGUAUCAGCCGGCAUUGAGGAGGAUAUUCACGUCCAUCGAAUGUCCCUUGUCACCCAAGUCCAAGAUCUAUUCCCUGAUCUCAACUCAGGGUACAUUGUGCGACUUCUUGACUUUUACAAUGAUGAUAUCGAAGUCACAAUUUCGAACCUCUUAGAGGGAACUCUCCCAGAGCACCUUAAAUCCUUUGAUCAAGGGACUCAACUCCAAGACACGGUUAAUCUUGCACUACGGCCUACUCCACCGCCUUCUGAAUCACCCGUUCCCCACAUUGAGCGCAAGAAUGUGUUUGAUAACGACGAAUUUGAUCGACUAGAAAUAUCACCUUCGAAGCUGCAUAUAGGCCGCGCCAAUGCCGAUCUUACUGCGGAUGAUCUUCUGGCUAACAAGUCUGGCUCAACAAACAAAGCCGCAAUAAUGGCCGCUCUUGCAGCAUUUGAUUCAGACGAUGACGAGCGGGAUGACACUUAUGACUUUGCUGAUGUUGGGGGGACAGUGGAUACCCAACCAACAGCAACAGACGGCGACACAUCCGAGCCCCGAGAAGGCAGUAGUGGCAUGGCAACCGAGAUGAAGCUGUAUGACCUUUACAAAUCUAACCCUGGAGCUUUUGCACGCGACCAAAACACUCGUAGGUCUCAACACAGGGUUUCCCUGCGUAAAGAGACAGGAAUGACAGACGAAGCAAUCGAGGGGUGGGCGUUAAUGCUCUCCCGCGAUCCAAAGCGGGUUACUAGGUUAGAGCGGAAUGUGGCCUUAUCUGGACUACGUGCACACCAACAACCCGAACUUCAAUCCACGGCGUAUAGAAAGCCUACCGGCGAAGAUGGCUCUGGAGAAGACUCCGGAGGUCAUGAUGGGGGUCGAGGCCAGAACCGAGGCCGUGGCAGGGGCGGUAGAGGUGGCGGUAGAGGUAGUGGCCGGGGAGCUUCGACUGCCCCUGAGUCAGCAAUAGAAAGACGACGGAAAGAUGAAAAUAAGGGCUCAAGAGCGAAUCAUAACAGACGCAACCAAAGGGCGAAGAAAAUGGCGAGAGGCGGUCUGUGA